CGGGGCUCGCGGCCGGCCGAGGCUGUGCAGGGUAGGUGGGCGCAGAAGGAGCGACUACGGGUCGGGGCUGGGCUCAGCGCGCUGCGAACAAAGGAGUCUGCGGCGGUUCCCGGCUGCGCAGAGCACCGGAGCUUCGCGGGACUCCGAGGCUCUGCGGCCGCUGGUCGCCUUCCCCUCCGCUCCAACGCGGGCGCCGCGGCACUUGCCGCCGAGUGCUGCCCGGGGAUCCUGUCCCGCCCGGGGCUCAUGAUGGGGCUGAUCUUCGCUAAACUGUGGAGCCUUUUCUGUAAUCAAGAGCACAAAGUAAUCAUUGUGGGACUGGAUAAUGCUGGGAAAACCACCAUUCUUUAUCAAUUCCUAAUGAAUGAAGUAGUUCAUACUUCUCCAACCAUAGGAAGCAAUGUUGAAGAAAUAGUUGUGAAGAACACUCACUUUCUUAUGUGGGAUAUUGGUGGUCAGGAGUCUCUGCGGUCGUCCUGGAACACCUAUUACUCAAACACAGAGUUCAUCAUUCUUGUUGUUGAUAGCAUCGACAGGGAACGGCUGGCUAUUACAAAAGAAGAACUAUACAGAAUGUUGGCUCAUGAGGAUUUAAGAAAAGCUGCAGUCCUCAUCUUUGCAAAUAAACAGGACAUGAAAGGGUGCAUGACGGCAGCUGAAAUCUCCAAAUACCUCACCCUUAGUUCAAUUAAGGAUCACCCAUGGCACAUCCAGUCAUGCUGUGCACUAACAGGAGAGGGGUUAUGCCAAGGUCUAGAGUGGAUGACCUCCAGGAUUGGUGUGAGAUAAUUUUUUGCUUGAAAAAGACUUCUCUAUUUAUUCUGUGACAUGAACAUUUUUCCUAAUAUCUUUGGCUGCUGAGGCAGCAGCAUGUUUAAUUUAUAACAACACAAACCUCUGAGCAACACUUGAAUCAAGUGCCGCUGUAUUGGAACAUAAAGAUGUUUUCUUACCUUUGUUUCAAAUGCACUAAUCUCGGUCGGAUGAGCGUAACGUGUACCUGUGCUUUUGCAGCAACAGAGCUCUUCUGACUGCCUAUUCUAAUUAUUCGGUGACUGCCUUGUAAAAACCUGUUUGUCGUAUAUUUCAUGUUACCUGAAGUUUGUUAUGUCCUUAACAACCAGUCUCUUCCACUUCUCGGCCAGCACUCCCUCCUUCCCUGGUACCUGUGGUUUGAUAGAACAGUGGCGGGAAUCGUCAUACACUAUUUCUCCAGGACUAAACAUUUACUUCUCUACAAACUCUGUUUAUCUUUUGGACAGAAUUAAUUACAACGAAGAAAAUCUACCUAGAAGCUCCGUGUAUGUGUGUAAAAGUAAACAUGGUGAAUACUUGCUUUUAAAUUUUCCUGACCUCAUUGCAUGUCAUAGUAUAAUUUUAAGUUGCUCAUUGCAUGGGAAUUAAGUAAUCCAUUUAUUUAUGUAAGAAAUUAAGUUCACUUUUCACCAACAGUGUUUGGUUAAAAACUAAUCAAGGAGAAGCAUGAAUCUGAAAGCCCAGCUUCAGUGGUAAAUAUUACUGGUUUCAUCUGAUAGCUCAAGAGUCUUCACUUUGUGUGUAACUCUCAGAAUUUAGUAAAACACACCAACAUGAAAUUAAAGCUAGGACACUGGGAAUAUUUUUUACUGUCAGUUUACCACCUGCUUUAUUGUCAGCCAAAGCCUCAGCUAUUUAGUCAGAAAUAUCACACCUGCUUUGGGCAGCAGCCAAAGUCUGAACAGUUCUUUUUAUUUCUUAGGUUUGUAGUAGUAUCUGUCAAAGCAUUUUAUCAUCAGCUCUAUGUUACUGAAAGGCAAAAUAACCUGGCCUUUCCAUAAAUCUGGCUGAGGGUAAUAUGGGAGGCUUCAGUCUCACCACCUCAGUCUCUGUGUAGACUUGUGUCCUAAACUCUGAUAGGGUACUGCUGAAUCUAACCCUAAAUUUUAGAAUAUUCCUAUGAGAAUCAGCAAUCAUGUUCUUUCUUUGUUUGGUUGAUUUUUUUUUUUUUUUUUAAAUAGGGUUUGCUUAAGUAAUCCUUGUCCUGGAACUCACUAAGUAGACUAAGCUGUCAUAUUCCUGGCAACAUUGGUUUUAUUGGCUACAGAAAUGAAAGGGCCUAAUGCAUCAGGCUUACUGGGUGGUAUUAAUGGUUCCCAAGACAGUUGUCUGAGAUGAAAGUAAGAGUGAACCCUUAAGUAAAAGGGGAACAAGUGUUGUCAUUACCCCAUUUAUGUCACAUAUGUCAUUUGCUGUAUGAAAGGGAUAAAAUGUGUAUUAAGGGAUAGUUCUUCAGUUUGCAGUAUUUUUUAUUUGGAUCAAAAAAGUUCAGUGUUCACAAAUACCUGCUCAAAAUUGGUGUUUUAAUUUCAGGUUUUUUUUUUAACUGAGUUGCCUUAAAUUUUGCUCUUUUCGAGGAGUGCUCGCUUUGUUACACGUAGUUAAUUUAGUUGAACUUGAUAUUUUCAUUUAGUGUUUCUACCCUUGAUCUGAGAAAGGAGCCAGAAGAAAAGCUUUCAGAACUUUGGAGAGUUGUUUAAACUUUGAAUUUUUUCUUACUGGUUCUAUGCCAAAUAGAGUAGAAGUUUAAUUUUUCUUGUGUGUUUUCAAUAUAAUCACAGUUGAGAGGAAAGCAGAUAUAAGUCAGUGUGGAUGGUGUGGGGUAGGUGUGGAAGCUAAGAAAAUACACAUUACCUAAAGCACACUUUGCUUCAACUUUACUUUUAUUGUUUACCAUAAAUAUAAAAAAAUAAUUAUCAUAAGCCUGUCCUGAGACAAAGCAUAUUUGAUGUCCCAGUAUUUCUGCUUCUGAAUUAAUUAUCUGCCUCCUUGUAUCGAAUGAGAUUGGCUGGUUCAAUUUUCUUCUGUCAUAUAAUAUGGUUAUUUUUUAUAUUACCACAUCAGCAUUAUAUUGAAAGUGUUUUUAAUAGUUGACUGUAUUUUGUCAAGCAGCUACUAGUAUAGAUACAGAUUUGAUAUUUAAUUGUUAAAAGUACACUUUAUUUUACUUCUCAGUCCUUUUUUAAAAGCAUAUAAUUAGUUUGGAUUAGAAGCAACAUCUGUUAGCUAUUUGAAAAUGCAGUAGGCAUUCAAGUAGCCAUUGUGCCCUUGAUUGGGAAAUGGUCCAUUGGGAAGUUCCUGUGAGACCUGUAGAGGUUUUCUCAGUCUUUCUGCUUACAGCCUAGGAAACUAGUUCUCCUUUACUCCAAGAGAAUAUUUGGACCCAAACGAGGAUAUGAUACUAAAGCAUUUGACUUGAACAUAAAUCAAAUGACUAUAAAAUAUCCAUGAAAACUGGAAAUGUGUGAUGGGUGCCUUUGUUACUGUGAGAUGAGUUCUCAGUUUUUUUAUUGUGGUCUUUUGAGGUCACAGUAACAGUGAUGAAAUGGAGGGGAGUGGUUUUUUGUUUCACAUUCUCCUUUGUCUCCACAUGUUAUUUAGUAAAGUUUGUAUUAUACCGGAACCUCGUACACCUGCUUUACACCUUCAGAAGAUUAUCUUGUAUUUUUAAUUUAAAAAUGAAGAAAUUAAGUUUUAGCUAAAAUCUUUUCAACAUGUUGCAGCUAAAAAUGAAAAAAAAAAAAAAAAAAAAAAACCUUGCCAGUCAUGUGUGCUGUUUUCAUACCUGAGCAUGUUACCUUCCCCUAGAAGUACAUUUGAGAAUCACUGUAGAUGUAGUACUCGCUUUUGUAAGGGAAUGCACUAAAUAUUUUUAUUGUUAAUGUGAUUUAAUUUCUUAAAACCUGAAAUAUUAAUAUAUAUAUAUAUAUAAUCUAUUGAAAACUGAGGAUUGAAUAUAUAAUGUUUGCUUUUAGGUUCUUGUGUUAACAUUCUUAAGGGGAUAGUACAUUUAUUCUAUAUUCACUCGAGAAAUAUAUACAUUUCAUUCUUUAAAAAACAUUUAAAUAACUCCCAUAGUAAUAGCUUUUUUAAAAGUGGGGAAUGGCUGGAGACAGGACCUCUAGUAACCACAGUGAACACCAAUGCAUGAUAACUCCUGCCUCUGCAUCUGCAGUGCUGGGAUUGCCAUAGGUAUAUUAAUUAAUUAAAUAUGAUAUGGAUUUUAUUGUAGCAUACAAAGAAAAUGAUCCUUUGUGUGUGUGUGGAAACAGUGAGGGAUACAGACAGUGUAUAGACAAUCUUCUCGGGUGCUACCAGGUCUGCCCACGAGCAACUCUUUGAAGAGUAAAGAGUAAAGGUUUUACGUCCUUGGUGUUGCAUCUCAGAAGAGGUCGUAAGCAGAAUUGUGUCCUUGCCUCCUCCCCUGUGAAAAUCACAGUGCACAUUAGCAGGGCACUGGGAUUAUGUCUACACCAUAAAGUUGUAUUGGCAUUUACCUCUGGAGGCCAAUUUUAUGAGCCAACUUGUUAUCUGUGGCUUUGGAAUAAAAUCAUCACACACUUAAACCUUAGUUCUAAAGGCCCUGUAUUUUCUGUCUGGGGGCUCACCUCAAGAUACAGCUUCUUCUCUUGUCUAGCCAAACAUUGCCCUGCCUGUCUAAAGUGGAUUCCAAUCUUAAUCUGCCCAUUAAUGAUGUAUCUAGCUGACCUAAGACACUAUUGUUCAUGGCCUUUUUUUUCUUCUUCUCAAACUGAGGAGCAUCUAAGUAAACUAAGUCUCAAAUAUGCCUUCUGUUUUUAAUAUUCUGAAGCCUUAUGUAAAUACUAUUACUGUCUUUUAAAAUCUAAACUAAUAAAAAAAAUGCUUGGCGUAGCACAUUUAAAUUAUUUGAUUCACUGUUUGAUCCCCACUCCCAGUGUGUGGAUGUAAACAGGUAAUAACAAAGUGUAAGUUUAAACUUAAUUUCUAGCUAAGGACAAUGCAAAAGAGAAGUUGUAUUCAUAAGAAAAUGGCAUCGGGUUGGUUGUAAAUAAUACCCAUGUGUAUUGGAAAUUCUUUUCUAGGGAACUUACCUCAUUUUCUUGGCUCUGCUGACUGGACAGAAAUUGUUAGCUUGUUCUGCUUAUUGAGUGAAUUGCCUUUAAGGCAUCCCAGACACUUUGGCUUUCCAGUGCUGAAAGAGUGGCAUGGGCUAGGACAUUAGCAUGUUACAGACAAGCCCUCCUAACCGUGAAAAUGACUGAUAACAUCGGUUUUCAUGUCAUCUCAUCUUUAUUCAGGGUUAGAAAAACAUAAAUAAGAUAUAUUCAGAAUUGUAGGGGGCUGGAGAGAUGGCGCAGAAGUUAGCACACUAGCUGCUCCUCCAGAGGUCCUGAGUUUAAUUCCCAGCAACCACAUGGUGGCUCAAAACCAUCUAUAAUGAGAUUUGAUGCCUUCUUCUGAUUUGUAUGUGUAUUUUGGAGAUAGAGCACUCAUAUACAUAAAAUAAAUGAAUUUAAAAAAAAGAAUUGUAGAUGACCAAAAAUAAAUAGAGGUCAAUAAAAUCGAGGAAAGGAUUCACUUUAAAAUGGCUGGAAAUCAUGAAAACUGAUUAGCAUUCUAGAAUUAGAAUCUGGAACUUUAGUCACAGAGGCUUCUUGAUUUUUUUUUUUUAAACCAGUGCUCUGUAUUUUCUCCUGGAAUGGAGAAAUAAUAAUACAUGCUGUGUGUAGACUGAGUAUAGAAAAACUUCUAAAAGAAUGAAAAUGUUUUCUUGCACAGUGCAACAACUCGUCAAAUUUCAGUUACAAAAUAAUUACCUCAUUUUUCAGACCACGAGGUGCUUUGCUUUUGCUUAAGUGUCUGGGAUGUUUUGCAGUGCCAUAAAUCCCCCUUUACCCAAAUGUCUUUGAAUACGCAGAAUUCCUAGAUGAAGUGUGAGUGCUGGGCAGGACUUUUGUUUUUCUUUGUUUGCCAGCUUCAGCGUGAACAGGUAUCUUUGCAUCCAGUGCUCUUGAGCAAAGCACUCAGUCAGUAUUUAAUUCCUUAGUAAAGGAAAGGGCUGCAGUUUGAUUGCUCAUGAUAGAUUAUGACUCUCAGUGCCCUAGAACAGCAAGUGACCAUUAUUUGAUCUCAGUAGGUCAUAAUUGAUUGGCAUGUUUUAGCUGUAGUCAUGAGAAACGGUAAAUUUUUCCUCAGGAAAUUCAGAGAUGCUGAGGCCCACGUUUAUUCUCUUGGAGUAAACUUUCAGUCUAGUUGUGAGCAUUUUCAUCUUAGUUUUGAAAAAGCUUAGCUGCUGUUUCAUUGAAAUUGUGAAAUAAAAUGAUGGUUAUGGCCUUUUCCAAUUAUAGGAUAGUUUUUCAUUUCUCGAUACUUGUCUGUUCCACAGAACAUCAUUUAAAAUCGGGAAAGAGCAAAGUCCUAACAGUUACAGCCUUGCUGUUGAGUUUAUUCUAAUGGGAGUGUAAUGACUGUAAUUUCACAUUCUCGUCCUCACACAUGACUUGGUGCUUUAUAAUAUGAAAGAGAAACCUGGCCCUGUACUCAUUGUACUUCUAGCUCAGAUUGUAAAACUCUUUAAAUGUAUGUGUAUAAGAUUUAAAUAUACAUUGUUAUCCAUUACAUCUCAGGCUUUGUGCCGAUGUUCUGACAAUGUCUUUGCCGCAGCUUGGUCCAAUAGAAAAUACUAUUAAUAAGCUCGGUAGGAUUUCUAUGUGGGCCCCCUGGUGUUUACAGAGGGGGAGGGGGAACCAAUGACUUUAUAGCACAUACUGCUUCUGAACCCUAAAUAAUCAACUGACCUGUGUGCCAUUGCUCUAAUACUUAAGCACUAAUCAAGAAAAUGUAAAAGCAAAUGCCAAAUGUAUUUCGCACCAUUACCCCCCACCAGUGGUUCCAAGCUUCUUUGUGAGGUUGUUGAAAAGACAUGGUUUUUGAAUUUUAAUACUUUUCGUUAUUGUGAAAUGCUUCUUUUAUAUGUUAGGUCGUAUUCAUGAUUCUUAAUUUCUGAGAUUAUGUUCUAAUGAAUUGUGUGCAUGCCAGCUUACCCAAGUAAAAAGAUGCAGUUUACCCUGGAAUGUUAAUCUUUAGACAGGUUUUGGUUUAUUUGCAAUCAUGAUGCAAUACAGCAUAACAUCUAUUUGUUUUCAGUCCACAGUUUUAUUUUUGUCAUAAUAAAUACUUUUCCAAUAUGAA